AUGGACUCAACCACGGAUCCCAAUCCACCUCCGCCGGCGGAUCCGGGUGUAAGCCAUUUCCACGGCGAGUUCUGGAAUGGAAUGAACCCGCUGUACGGCCCCGGUCAAGCGGUCGACCAGCCCUUUGGCAUAGGGUGGGAUCACCCUGUCUUCCGCCCAAGUCCACAUUCACCUUCUCCUCAGACGAACCAGAGUCUCUAUUCACUUCCUCAACAGCCGCAUCAGCAGCAGCAGCAGCAGCAACAACAACAGCAACAGCAGCAACAACAGCAGCAGCAGCAACAGCAACCUCCACAGCAGCAUGCAUGGCAGCAGCAAACCUCGAUCCAGCAGCAGCCUCUAGCUCUCGAAUCACAGCAGCAGUUUUCUAUCUCAAGUCCAUACCGAGUGUCGCCCUACCAUACACAGCAACCCUCCGCCUUUGACGCUGCGCAGGCAGCCUCUACAUACCAUACUUACGCCUAUGACCCUCAGACCUUCUAUACGACCCAACCGCAGAUCCAGCAACACAGCACAUUCGAUCAGCAUUCCGCAGGCGUGCAAACUCAACGAGUGGCCCAGCCCUCUUCUGCUCCAACAAACACGCUUGACCGACAGCCUCAAUCCUCGUACUUAGUCCCAAGCAAUUUGCAGAUGGGAAUUCAGCAUGGAGGCCCAGCCAAUUUCUCAAGCGACUUUACCGUUCGGCAUUCCCACUCUCCUUAUCACAAUACCAUUGACCCACACUUCCUUUCCGCACCGGAACAACAGCAGCAGCAACAACAGCAGCAACAUCUAUAUGCUAUCAAUCCUGCAGAACUAGAACGACCCCAAACCCUAAAGAAUACCAAUUUACAAAUGACAAAUAGCCUGCAACCUGUAGCGCCGCAACCUCUCUCCGGAUCGCUUGGCCAUGUUCCCACUGUCUAUCCCAACGGUCUCCAAGCCAUCCUUCCUAAGCCUUCCACGGUCACCAAACCUCGCAAAAAGAAAGGCGUCGAGCAGAAAACGCAAACUCUCCUAAACAAGUUUAUUACCAAACCUGCUGCCCAGCAGAGCAGUCAACUUAUCAGUGAAUCCUCAAGUGAUUACAGCAGUGAAGAAUCGGAUGACGAUCUCGAAAUAGAAGAACCGCCCGCAGAACCUUCCCCUGUACCCGCUGUGCGGCCAGACGAUCCCGAAGGUAAGAUGAGGUAUGAUACAAUUAAGGUGGUUUGGGCUCCGCGGAAUCGCCAUGCAAAAGCGGCCGACGUAAGGAAUUCGAUGAUUCUAUUUUCGGACCUUGUUAAGGGAGUUCGUGAUACGUGGAAGGCUCGUAGCGAGGCCCUAAAAGCUGCAGAGAACCAGAACCUUGAAGACAAAAUCCCAGCGCUCAAGAAGGAGGUGAUUCUCCAGAGACGACUGCUAGAUCUGAUUAUUAACAAUACCCUGGAAUUCGGACAUCCGUCAUACGUCAAAAGAUUCGGCGAACAUCCUAGUAUUGUUGCGGCAUUCUACUCUUUCCUACUGGAUCGUCACACAGCGGCAGAUAGUGAUGGUCCCCUGACGGUCAACAUAUUAAAGUUAAUGGGGAAAUUUACCACCAUGGACCUUACUAUGCUUGAAAAGACUAAAAAUGAUAAGAUUCUCACACGGUUCGUCAAAAAGGGCGGGAGUACAAUCAAGGAGCUGGCACAGCUUAUCAUGGAUAAUGCUGCAUCUGCCAGCAAGAAGAAAGCUGAAGCUGCAAAAUCUUCGGUUAAGGAUGGCAAUAAUGCAGGCUCCUCUGGAUCUCAACCUUCCAAGCUGCGAGAGGCAAGUAAUAGCUCCUCCCAACCAGUUGCCGGCAUCAAACGUGUGAGGGAAGAUGACAAUGGCACCACAAUGACAAAGCGUGUUGUUUCUCCUUCAUUUGCGAAAGCCGCUACUCGAAUUGCUCCCGGCACCGCUUCCACUGUAGCGAGGAAGGCCCCUGCCGCGGCAAAGGACGUCAAAUCAGCCUCCAAUGGAGCUUCCCAGCCAGCGAAACCCAAAGCUAAUAUUGUCAUACCUAAACCCACACCAAGUCUUUUCAGCAGUUUGAUGUCGGCGUCGAAGAAACCCGGAACAUCCAAUGCUGCUCGUGCGGCGGCUGCUGCGGCUGCAAAAGAGAAGCCAACCGCUGUUGCUGAGGUCAAAAGUACCCCUCAACCGGCACCUCCUCCCGUAGCAAAACCUGCUUUCUCGUUCUCAGAGACUAUGGCCAACUUAAACAAGCCUCGAGAACGCAGUCCAUCAAAACUGGAAGAAGACGGCCCACCUGAAACAGAUGAAGAACGCAAAAAGCGACUUCGAAAAGAGGCACGAAGGAAACUUCGAGUCACCUGGAAACCGGAUAGUAGCCUUACUGAAGUGCGUUUGUUCACCCAUGACCCCGAAGAAGAGAUUGGCUAUGACGACAGCAUGAUGCGUGACGUCGGGGAUGUCGCUGGAGAGGGAAGGACUCUUAAGCUUCACCACGGUUUGGAUGACUUGGAAGACGAGGAUGAAGGCUGGAACGAAGAGUGUUUUACUCCAUACACAUCGAUUUCAGCUAUUGACUUCAGUGAUCUCUCGGAAGAAGACCGCAACAGAAAUUUCACUAAAACCGGCGGCUCCCAGGCUGCAGAUAGCCCUGAAAGAGCGGCUCAAGAGCAGCGUGAGGCCACGACCCUUAGUGUUUUCUACACUUCUCCAUCUGAUAUUCCAACCACCCCGAAGGAACCUCCGCCACCAGACAAUGACGAUGAGCCCUAUAGCCCUCUUGUGCCAUUUGGAGAGCCGGACCACUUUGUCAAGGCGCGGUCGCAGCGAUACUUUGAUUCCCGUUCGCCUCCUGUCCCGGCCACACCCCAGCCUAAUUCAGCAGCACAGCCAACUAGCCAACCUCCCGUUGAACUGUCCUCAUUAUUAAAGAUACUCCAGCAAAACCAGCAACCACAGCCACUGCAAGCCCAACAGCCAUCUAUACCCCCUAAUGUACCCGACUUGCAACAAACCCUUGCACAGUUUACAGCCAAUUCUCAGGCACCUCAAUUGCAACAGACUCCUCAGCCAGGGCAGGCCCCCGGCUCACAAGGUCUGGAUUUCCAGAAGCUAUUAGCCGUGAUGAAUGCCCAGAAACAAAUGCAGCAGGCCACUGCUUUUCCUCAGGUAGCUGCGCCCCAGGCUCCCAACCUGGCAGCUAUUCUUUCCCAGCUUUCAAAUCCCACCGUGCCACUACAGCAGCAGAACCAGGGCCAGGACUCCCAAUCAUACAGCCAGUCAUAUUACGAAGAUGGAGAGAACAAGCGCAGCUACGAGGGCGACGAUUCGUACGACUACAGCAAGCGUGCCAAGGUCAAAAAACAUGUAAGCCUUCUUCAUAGAUAG